AUGUUCAAAAAGAAAAAUGGGAAAUCACCAGUUCACCCGAAAUUUGUCGUUUCGGACUCUGUGUUAAUGAGUAACAAAAACACGCAAUCUUUUACAAUGGAAUCAUUCAUAUACUGUCCAGACUUGCCAGAGGCUCAAGUAAAUGAAUUCAGGAAAACUUACAAAUCAAAGACAGAUGAUCUCUACACAACGAAUUCAAGCUUUGAUAUAUCAUUUGAGCGAAAACAUGUUAAAGAGUUGGUGCAUCUUAUAACGUCACACUUGAAAAAAAAUGCAACAAAGAUCCCCUUACUCAUUUUACCCUUUCGGAAACAGCACCAUGAUGAAGACCUGAAAACCUUCUUGACCAGCAUCUUUGUCAAUGGGCUGCCCCUUCCGGAGAAGGAAUGCCAAAAUAUAAUUUCUUCCACCAAUGAAUAUAUACUAAUGAGUGCAUUAAAAUUUAUAUGGUGUAGGUUACCUGGUAAAGCAAUAAUCGGAUGGAAAGCCUAUACGAAGUUUGUGAAGUUGGAAGAAGAGUCAGAUUUCCCAGAUAAGGCCUUUUUGGAUUUUAUGCCUAACUGCUUAUCGUCGGGAGCACAUGCGUCCAUUGUUUAUGAUUUCUUUGAUCUUAUAGUUGCAUUCAUAUUGCAUUCAAAAGAGAAUUUAAUGACUGCUCACAAAAUAAGCAAGUUGUGUGGACUGUGGGCAUUUAACCCAGUUAGAGGAAAAAUAAAGGGAUUGCCGUCCUAUGAGAGAGGUUUAUAUGAAUGGAUUCCCGCAGGUGAUGCAAUGUUCCAUUUAUUACUUGCGUUUGUAAAAUCAAUGCCUCCGAAUGGGGAUCUGAGUAAACUACCCAAGAUAUUCCAGUCAACAAUAAAGUCUCAGGAGUAUCCUCCUUUACCCACCUCUUCGACUGUGGAAACUUCAAGGCAUUUCCAAGAGAUUCCAAUGGUUACGCUAAGAACAAACAAGCCUUCGAAAAAUCCAGCGGAAUUGCUAACUAAAGUUGCUAAAACACUGAAGUUCGAUGAUCCGACUAUAUUUUAUACUAGGGAAGAUUACCUUUUGCUGAAAAGGGUAUUUAAAAACAAAGAUGAAGUGAUGCAAAAGUUAUCUCCAGAAGGUUCCCGAUUACUACAAAAUUUGUGUCUAUAUGAUGAGGAUUUAAUUGUUAAUGGAUCGGAACCAACCGAUUUGAAGUUGAAACUAGUCCCGGGGUGGUCAACGGAAAUGACAUCCCGAGAUGCAAAGUUUGAACCAAACACUAAUGAUCUUCUUACUGCGACUGUUGGCCGAGUAACGAUAGAUGAUUAUUUUAUUUGGACGUGGUUGUGUUCUUUGGGUAUUGAAGAAACUGAUUUGAAAAAAAAAACUUUUGGUAAGACAUAUAUUAUGGAAGUCGAGCUAGCUGAAGGAUUCAAGAAAUGGAUUAUAGUGGAAGAACAAGAUUUGCAGAGGGAUGGCUAUGAUAUUGAAAUGGAAAUUAAGCAACAAAGGUUGAAGGAACUGGAACAGAAAAUUCAACUAGCGGAGAUGGAAGCUGAAAGGAUAAAGAGAGAGGCCUUUUUAAAAGCUGAAAAGCUUGAAAUUCAAAGGCACGAUGCUAGAAAAGCCAAAGUAAAGCAGCUUUCCAAAGUUGAAGACUGUGUAUCACCACCUCCCCUGCCUGAUAAAGAUUAUGAUGAAAUCCCUCCUCGUUCGAAAUCUAGAAGGCCACCGCCACCGUUGCCUAAGUCUGAAGCCGAUCAGUACCAAAUCCCCAAAAAAUCAGAAAAAAGGCUCGAUAUAAACCAGGAGAGAAUUACAACAAAUCUUUCAGACGAAGAAAUUUGCAUCACCUUGCCUCAACUGGAGGAGGAAGAACCAUUUCUAGAAUAUGAAGCUCUUCUUUACACCGAUUAUGACAACAAAAGAAGAACCAAAGAACAACUGGAUGUGGAAAUGUACCAUGAGAAAAACCGAUCUCCAAGGAACAAAGGCUACACUUCACCGCCUCCUCCGGAUACCAAAGAUAAUUAUAUCCAAUCUGCGGUUACUAAUCAUACACCAAUUUCUUCUAGUAGUCCUAAUAAGCUGUUGGCACCAAUGGAAAAAUUACCAAAAGCUACAUCACCCCCAAGAACAUACAAUCCUUACUCGCCUAUGAAUUCUCCGCCUCGUGUUUCACCUUCUCCUAGAGUUGCUUUACCCAAAGCCGUUUCCUCUGGACAUGUUUUACCUAGAGCUGCAUCACCAAAGGCCGUUUCCCCUGGUCCUGUCACACCAAGGACUGCUUCACCUAGUAGACAGCCACUCCCAAACCAAACUCCCCACAACAUUAACAACAUACAUUCAAACUUACACGCUACAAACCAAUCACCUCAACAAGCUAGAUCUUCUUCUCCACCUCCAAGAUCUAGUCCAUAUAUGCAGCAAACUUCUACUGUUUCUUCACCAAAUCAUUCACCUUCAUAUUAUACGCCUCUGUCGCCUUCUUUUCCAUGUUCUAAUGAGCCGCAACGUCCAUUUUCUCCCGAAAAUGCAUUAUACCCAUCCCAGCCAGUCACACCAACUAAUGUUUACUACGAUUCCAAAACGUCACCUUCUCCUAAACCUCAUUUAGAUUUGAAAAAAUGUAGUGGGGAUAUCCCGGUUUUGUUACCACCUGCUGACGACGCUUCUAGUACUACAUUUACACCUCUAUCUCCUUCUUUUACUAUUCCUACUAAAGGUGCUGAUGAAACGGAGGUAUCCCCUUCUGUAGAGCAACGCUCUCCUGCAGCAAAAUCACCGAGGAGUCCAACAAACAGGGCAGAAUUGGAGGCUGAGUUUAGUGGUUUAGAAAAUGAGUUUCAAGAAUGCAUGGAUGAUUUAACCAAGCAGCCUAGCUUUGUACAAGCGCAAGUGAGGAAAACAUCGAACUCAAGAUUAAGAAAGGCACCUCCUUCAUUGAAAUCAUCAAUGGUAUCGGAAAAUUCCUCUGUUUAUCCGUCUACUACACAAAGUAGUGAAAGAGUCCUCUCUGUUCCAGAAGCUGAACAUGAAUAUAAGCACUCUACAAAACCUUCAAGAGGAUCUGAGAGCAGUUUACAUUCGACUGGGGUCAAUAGACAAGGUCUUUCGCCGACUCCAUCUAAGCAACACAUGCAGUUUGAGAAUACAAAAUCUGCAGUUGUGUUAACACCACAAACCCCGGGCAACGUACGAGAUGGAGUACCCCAUAGCAAUCAGCAAUUAGUACCGCCUAUAAAUGGGCAGUAUACACCUAGGAAUCCGCCUGUUAAAGGGCAAGGCCCAGCAGAACAGUCCCUACGUUCUCCUCAACCAAUUGUAUCAAACUCAUAUACAAAUUAUUCCCCUCAACCUGCUCUCAAUGGAAAAUCAAAACCAGCCGUCUCGUCUAAAUCUACAUAUCCUACGAGUCAACCUCCAACCCGAGGUUAUUAUCCACCAGCAAAUGGGUACUAUCCUUCUCCACAGCAAGGAUAUCCUCCACAACAGCAAAGUUACCCUCCCCCUCCAAGAGGUUAUCCUCCAGCACAGCAAGGAUACCCUCCAUCACAGCAAUCUUACCCACCACCACCACAAGGUUACCUUUCUCCACAGCAAGGUUAUCCUCCUCCACAGCCAGGUUAUCCAUCUCCACAGCAGGGCUACUAUCAACCACAACUACAAGUACCUCAGGGGUAUUACCCGCCGAAUCCUUUGGUUCCACCAAACAAUGUCUCUCCGUACACUAAUAACGUGAUAAAUAAUAUGCCACCUUCUGGAAAAAUGGAUAAGUUACAUGGUCAUCAAGGGCUCAAUAAGAAGAAUGCCAGAAACAUGUUUAUGAGUGAUGCGUUUGGUAUUUGA